CUGACCGAAACACGCGCUAUUUCGAUAGUCUGUAGCCGUCGCACGGGCUGUCUUUGUAUUGACAUCUCGUUUUUUUUUUUUUUUUUGUUUGUUCUUUGGGGAAGUUUUGAUCGACGCGAGAGUAGGCCCUGCGCUGAAUCGGUUUUAUGAGUGGCUCGUUUGGCUUUAGCUGUCACGGAGUUUGCCCGGGGGCUGUUUGACAAGCCGAUAGUUUGCAGCUGGCAGUACAGUUAUCGAAAAACCUGUCUUCAGACGGAUCCGGCAUCCGAGGGAGCCAUGGCUGACGAGGUCGAAAAAAAGCCGAGCAUACCAGAUUGGUAUCGCGACAGGGCGAUCUUAGUCACGGGAGCCACUGGUUUUAUGGGCAAACUUUUGGUUGCAAAGCUGCUCAUCAGCUGCCAUGACGUCAAGACGAUUUAUCUGCUCGUAAGAGACAAAAAGGGCGUACCUUCGAAAAGCAGACUGCCAACUUUGGUGCAGCAAGAGCCAUUCAGAUUGCUACGAGACAAUCAUCCCGAAAGACUGAAAAAACUAGUCGUCAUAUCUGGUGACACAACGUGCGAUGAGCUUGGAAUUUCCGCAGCAGAUGCCGAAAUUUUGAAGAACAACGUCUCGGUUCUGUUUAACAUGGCAGCCAACGUGCGAUUCGAUCUGCCACUCAAGAGCGCCGUUACUUUGAAUACAAAAGGCACCGCCAACGUGAUAGCUUUUGCAAAGCAGAUAAAAAACUUGGACGCAUUCAUCCACGUGUCGACAGCCUUUUGUCACUGCAACCAGACAGUAUUGGAGGAAAAGUUUUACCCGGUGGAGAGAUCGCCGGAAAAAAUGAUCAAACUGGUGGAAGAAACGCCCGAAGAUUUGCUCGAAGCGAUGACACCUAAGGUGCUCCGCGACCAACCAAACACCUAUGCUUUCACUAAAGCUCUGAGUGAGGACCUCGUGAGGAGAUGCGGACUACCCACGGGCCUCGCGAGACCGUCGAUCGUGGUCGGGUCGUGGAAGGAGCCGGACAACGGUUGGGUGGACAACAUGAACGGGCCAACGGGCAUAAUGAUCGGCGCGGGCAAGGGCGUCAUAAGGACGAUGCUCUGCAACGGGGACUACAACGUCGACCUCAUACCCUGCGACAUGGCGGUCCACGCGAUAAUCGGCCUGGGUUGGAAGGUCGGCCGCGAGAGACCGGUCGAGCCCCUCGUGGUCAACCUCACCGAAAGCAGGGAGAACCCCAUCACCUGGAGAUACGCCCUCGACGUCGGCAAGAAGCACGCCCUGGCCAAUCCGUUCUCGGGUCCGCUGUGGUACCCGGGAGGCGGGCUCACUUCCUCAAAGGUCUACCACGCGCUGGCGGUGUUCUUCCUCCACACGCUCCCUGCCUACUUUCUGGACGCGUUGAUCAUGCUCACGGGACACAAGCCGUUCCUCGUCAAGGUGCAAGCCAGGGUGACCUACGGCCUCAACCUCGUCAACUACUACACGACUAAGCAAUGGAUUUUCAAAAACGAGCGACUAAAAGAGCUGCGGGAGAGUCUGAGCCCAUCGGACAAGGAGACCUUUUUCAUGGACAUUCGCGAGGUCUCGUGGAACGACUUCUUGCUCAAGUACAUCCUCGCAGCGCGCAAGUACUGCCUAAAGGACGACCCCUCGACGCUCCCUCAGGCCCGCCGCGUCUUUGCCUACCUGUACUUCUGCGACCUCGUCGUCAAGGCUGUCUUUCUCCUGUUCUGCGGCUGGUUCUUGUACUCGUGGAUGAUCCCACCCCGGAUGACCAUCGGCGCUGCUCUGGACGUUGCUUUGUGAUCGCGACUAUCCCGUCGUGCUCGAAUGAAUGAU